UUCACACACACACACACACACACACACACACACACAUACACACACACAGACGAUGUUCUUCUGAUUUUUCCUCUACACUAUCUCAGAAUCUCUCACUGUUUUAUUGUUGAUGCUCGAUCAAAAGCAGUGUCUUAAAACUGUCUGUCGAUGGUGCGAUUCAGGCGAUAAUGCAGAUGCAGAGUUUGCUGCAGUCUGCAAGGAAAAAAAGACAAAGAAAAAAACCCCCACCAAUGUUCUGCUGCACUGCUACAAACACUAAAACAAGGGGGUUGCAGGUUUUUCUGGUCUGCAGCACUGCAGAAGCAGUAAAAGUCCUGCUCUGACACAAGGUCAUCGCUCCGAGGGCUCUAAACCAUUUUACACCACACUUCUUUGGUAAAUGGCAAAUCACAAGGCCACCAAAGAAUCAACAGCACCCGGACAAGAAACGAGCCAGAUGUUAGUCGUUAGCUUCUCCUUUAUCUCUGAGUACAGUGAACUCAUCGCUAAUAGAAAUGUAAUUUCAGGCAAAAUUAUGCUUUUAUUUAAAAAUGAAUUCAUUGCCCCAGAGAGCAGAGAUUCCCCCCUCUUACUGCAGGAUGGGUUACCCUGAAUUCCCUCUUUAAAAGUUUAAUCGGUCCUUCGUCUACAUUUAAAUUCACCCAUGAAGGCUUUUAUAUUCAUGAUCGGUUGUUUUAAAUAACUUUUCCUUUAAUCGAUGCUUCAGAUUUAAUCACUUUCACACAUUUGCAGCUUUUUCCCUUUUUUGUAUACCUGAGGAUUAAUACAGUGACGUUUUGGAUGCACAAUUUUAAAUGCUUUUUUCUUUUACCUUGCAAAGAAGAAUGAAGUGAAACCAUGAAAACAUUUGUUAGAUGCAAUCUAUGUUCUGUAGUUUACAAAAUCAUCAAAUAAUUAAAAUGAAAAAAAUUUCAGUGUCUCAAUUUUCUGCUGCCCAUCAUGUUCACAGCUGAAGCUCUGAUGUACUUUUAAGUUAUGUUUUGUUUAGUUUUUAUUUAUUCAGUUCCUCUGUGCUCUUUGAUGACACUUCUGCUUUGGUGCCACCACCUAUUCAUGUGUUUUGAUUGCCUACUUUGCAAUACUGCACUUUCUGAAGCCAAAAUUCAGUCACUUUCUAUCGACUUCUACGUACAUUUAUAUAAAAAUGAAUGCGUCUUGUUAUUCAAUGCACUUUGCCAGGAUUUACUGGGAAAUGCGCCAGCUUAUAUUUAUGUGAAUUGUAUCUUUUUUCUUUCUUUUUUUCAAACAUGUGCAAAAUAAUUAUUAAAAUGAAAUCAGACGUCAUUUUCUAACCUGAGCAGCGAAUCCUUUUAUGCGAAACUACGACAGGAAUGGGGAAGCGGUUUCAUCAUGCUGUCAUGUGCCGUGUGUGGCACUUUAUGCCAAAGCUGGACAGCACAAACUGAGACAAUUACACUCAAAAAUAGACCAGUUGAGUGCCUGCCAGUUACCAGCUGACUUAACUUCUGCUUUGGGUUCCGGUUGUUGAGGGGCGGUGGGGAAGGAGGGCUUUAAGCUGGGUGAAAAGUUUUGCUUGACUCCCUUAAAAGCAGUAGAAGUUUUUUUUUUUUUUUUUUUAAGUCAUGUGGCUCGACUGGACUGAGUGUUUUUAAACCGUCGCCUGGCCUUAAGGGAAAAUAAUGUGGAGAGCCCCUGGGAACAUCCAGAAUAAAACCAGUGCGUCGGCCGGGAAAAGAAAGGUGUUUACAAACAAACAGAGACUGCGGUGUCCGCAAGACGGCUGCAGCUCGUGUCUGAUCGCACUACACGAUGGCAAACGCGAGUCAGACUCAGACCGAGGUGUAUCUGUUCGAGCAGGUGAUCGUGCUGCUCUCGUGCGCGCUGUCUUUCCUGGGCUCCUCUCUGAUUAUCCUCACCUACAUUAUUUGGUCGGAUUUGAGGACAACUCCGAGGAAACUGCUGGUUUACCUCUCGGUGUCUGACUGGCUCUCCGCCGUCUCCUACGCCUUCGGAGUGUGGAGCGUCUUCCGCACAAACUCGGCGGAGUGCGUCGCUCAGGGAGCGAUCUCCACUUUCGCCAACACCAGCUCCUUCUUCUGGACCGUGGCCAUCGCCGUUUACCUGUACGUGUUCAUCGUGAGGGCCAACCAAAGAGUCGCUGACAGUCUCGUGUUGGUGUUCCACCUCGUCAGCUGGGGAAUUCCUCUGGCCAUCACUAUUGCAGCUGUGAGUCUCAACAAAAUUGGUUACGAUGCGUCAGAGGUGUCGGUGGGCUGGUGCUGGGUCAGGAUCAACGUUAAAGACCGGGUCUUGUGGAUGCUGCUGACUGGAAAGAUCUGGGAGUUCUUAGCGUACCUCACCCUCCCCUUCCUCUACAUCCUGAUCAAGAGGCACAUCCACAUAGCGCAUGCAGCCCUCUCUGAGUACCGUCCCAUCUUGGCCAACAGGCCUCCCGCCCACUCCUUCUCCUCCAUGGCUGAUGUGAAGCUCACGCUCAUCCCCAUCAUCUUCAUCCUCCUGCGCAUUUGGAGCACGGUGCGCUUCAUCCUGCUGCUGGCCAACUCAAAUGUCAGACAGAACCCAGCGCUGGUCACGCUGCACGGGAUUGGCAACACCUUGCAGGGAGCAGCCAACUGCGUCAUGUUCGUCUUGUUCACUCAGCCGAUCCGCACACGCCUCUGUGCCGCGCUCACCUCCUGCUCCCAGUGUCGAACGGAGGCGGAGCACCCGCACAGGCUGCUACCAGAGCAGGACGCGCCCGCCCGGAGAGAAGAAGACAGCGCUGAAGGAGGCCGCGCCGACAGAUGAGACUUUGUUUUGUGCAAUGAGAAGAUGAAGGCAAAGCAAAGAGCCUGACAUGAAGGGAGGAGGAGUUCUCUACUUCACCUCGAGCCCUCAUUACACAAAGUGCUCGUGCGAUGGCUUCUUCAGAUUCUGCAGGAGCAUGCACUUCUGUGUCAUGUGUCUGCACUGUGGGUGAUGGGGUGUUGCUACUUGAUUUUACAUUAUUUACACAUAAGGUGAAGCAUUAUUUGCAUUUAUUGUCCUGUAGGUCACAUGGGUAAAGUGUUUUUUCUUUUGUUUUGGUUUUUGUCCUUUGGGUUGGUAUGCGUUGAUGAUUUCACUUCCCCUUUCCAAAGAAAGUGAAGGAGGUCUGAAGGAGCUCUGCUUACCAUGUACUGUACUCAGGUUAACACUGUGAAAGAUUUUUGUUGUUGUUUGUUUUUCUAGUAUCCGAGUAUUGUGAAUUUGGGGAGAAACUUUUGUUGGCCUGGUUAUGUUAUGAACAACAGAGAAAAAGGUAAAGCUUUGUCGCUUUAGCUCACAAUUAUAUUGUAAUUUUUUUUGUUUUUCUUUUUUGUAUCGUCAACAAAUGUGGCCAGAAGCUCUAAAUACACUACUCCUGAAGCAAAGACAGGAGCAAUGCAUUUACUCACAUCUAAAGAGCUGUGCAUUAUACUAUAUACUUGACUUCUCUUUCACUGGAGAUACUAUAUUGUUACAUUUUUGGGUAAACUACCAUCAUUGUUACAUUUUCUGCAAAGUCACUUUUGUAUUUAAAGGAAUAAAUACAUGCAUACACCAGCGUGAUCAGCUUUGCUCUAACUGCUGUUCUCCUUUUACUUUAAAACUUUUUUACUUAUUUCCCCAGGCAGUGGUUUCAACAUCUUUCAGGCACCAGUUUCAUAAGAUCGGCGGCUUCUGUUGUGUCACCAUAAUUAGCGUCAUUACUAUCACCGUGGUCAGAUUUUUGGUUUUUCUUGUUUUUUUGCAUGAUCUAUAAUCACAUGUCAUCCUUCCUCCUUCAAACACAGGCUUCACUCAUGAGCCUCACUUCUCCUUUGAGCUGGUGGCUCUUGUUCGCCUGACUAAAAAUGCAGGCUGAAUGCAUUACUAAUGAUGAGUGGGUGAACCCGGUGACCCUGAUUCUACUUCCCAAAGUUUUGAAAUAUUGGUUUAAAAUUCACAGAGUACUUGCUCCAGCAUUUUUAUUUUCUUUGUGCUUUAAUAUCCACAUGCAAAGGAGCGUGGGGAUAGUUCCCACAUAUUAUUUCUAGUUGCACUUUUUAUGUGCUUUAAACUGUGCAAAUAAACUGUUUUCUUUGAGCUAAAAA